GGCACGACCAUGAUUUGUCAAAACGAUCCAACAAAGUUGUUUGCAAAACGUCGACUUUGUUUUCGUUUUUUCAUGCAUCGUUGUUGUUUGCAUCGUCGUAAUUUGAGGAGCCUUUUCAUGGAAAUAUCCACAAAAAAUGGCCUCCACGACCACGAACAGUGCCGCCAGCAAAACGCAGAAAGAAACAAAAACUCCGUCCGAGACCGUCGACGAUGAAUUUCGCAUCGUGCGGCUUUCCGACCUGAGAUUUUCGCAGACCUCAAUUUCCCGUACUUUUAAGGAGAAAAAUGGGCCGAUCACGAAGCUCCGGGACGAGUUGCGCCACCGGCACCCGGACGACGUUCUGGCUGACUCUCCGCUGGAAGUCGUGUGCCACAAGCGCGAGCUCGUCAGCAUGGAUAACAGGCGCCUGUGGUGCAUAAAGAAUGCUGUCCCCGAGUACCUGCACCACAAAAUGCAGCUUCGGGUACGCUACUAUCCAAGCGCAAACGCCUUUGACGCGAAAAACGGCCCGAAGGCGUUCGAUAGCAAGUACAGUUCCCUUACGGGCGGUCGUAGUGUCGUUCUGACCGAGACGCACACUCGUGGCAUGAAUGCGAGAAAGUUCGGAGUUUCCUGCGAGGAGCGGUACAUUGUUUGCAGGCCCGAGGUUGCGCGUACGGCUGAGGCGCGCGCUCUCGUGGAGAGCCUGAAAGAGGAGCAUGGGCUGGAGAAGGCCUGCUUCGUAAAAACGAAGAAGGACGACCAGCCUGGUCCUCAAAAGGAUGUUUGCGUCGUGACUGGACGGCGGCAGGACGUGACGAUCGCAGGCACAAUUCUGCAGAAGGAACUCGGGGAACUCCCGCGACCGGAGGAAGCCACAGUGGCAUCGGAAGAUGAUGAACCAACGCCGGCCGUCCGACCCGUGCGCAAGCGAAGUGAGGACGCUAGUGGCAUUCCCUCAGGGACAGGUGCUCCAGCCGCAAGUGAUACGGAAGAUCCCUUUGGACUGUUUUCACGCGGUGCAAACUUAGGUGCACAUAGAGAGAAGGCCGGUAGCGUGGACGUGACCGCUCCACCGGAAAAAUCGUACUCUCUAUCGUCUUCAGAUACCUGUGAAAAACAAGAUGAGGCGAAAUUUGAAGAUGACGACUGGGGUUUGAGCUCCGACAGUAGAUGGGCGACGGAUGAGAACUGGUACAACGAUUGGUCUGGGGAAUUUUGGCCGUUCGCGGCCUCCUGGGAUGACGCGACCGGUACCGAAGGCGGAGACGGAAGCGCGUCGCUUCUGCAGCAGAGCAGCUGCCCUGAAGGAGCCUGGCCGUUGUCUACCAGUGCGGAUUGUCCACCAUCUGUUGAACGUGAACCUGAUGAGGCUGCGCGGCCUCAACAGUCAAUACCCCAAACAGCCGCGCCGAGCAGAACGUCCUCUGCCGGUAGUGCUGCAUCACUGUCAUCUUUUUCAGCGAAGAAGCGUUCGCCUGCACGAGAUCACAUAGGCAGGCCAUCUGUGGCUGCACCAGCCGCGGGCCUUCUUCCGCGCGCAGAAGAUGCUGGAGCUACUAUCGCUGGUAACCGCUCGUCCGGAAGGUCGUCAAAGCCUUCUUCUGAGCCAAACUCACCGCAAUCCACCGCUUCCGUCGUAACGCCGCUUUCAAAGAGGAAGCUGUUUCAACAGCCGUCGCAAAGGCGAAAACACGAAGCAGAAAUAGGAGCUCCAGAGACUUUUCUCGAAGUGCGAUCGUUUUUCCAUGAAGAAUCGGUUAUGGUCGCAGUGCUUGCGCACUUGCAGAAUGGCGGCCUUGGACACAGCUGUGAUGGCGCAUUGCGUCCCAUUCAGAAGUGCGCGCUUCCCCUGCUGCUCGGUCCGGCGCCUAUGGGGUGUUCUGCGGAAAGAAACAGAGUAUGCUUGCAAGCGGGGAACCACAGCGGAAAAACCCUGUGCUUGCUGUUGUGCGUUUUGAAAUUCCUUACGAACGGUGGUACACCCAUGGCAAAGGUGAUGGUCGUCACCCAAGAUAGGAAGAAAAAGUGCAACUUUGCGCAGCAACUUUGCAAAGUUUUGACCGCUGUGCGGUUUUGGGAUGCGGACGCAGCAGAUGCCACCAUGCACGCAAUGAGCGGUUCUACGCGCAAGACAGAAGCGUUUAGAAGGGCCCUCAUGAGGGACGACCAGAAUUUUGUGCUGAUCGCAGAAAGUGCUGAGAUCUUAGGCGACAUCAUGGACCGACGUGGGCAGCUGCGAUCCCUGCAACGCAGCUUUGAUUUGGUUGUUUGCGACGAUUUCGACUUCUAUGCGCAGCCGUCAAUUUGGUUGCGAGCGCUACUGAAGGAAUCCGCGUUUCGGGAUGUCCGCAUGGUGUUUGCGACCGGUAGUGAGGGAAACAAUAGGAACAGAGACGCGCUGCCCGAUGGUGUUUGUUUUGUGAGUCAGAAAGGAGUGUCGAUAUCUUGAUUCUUGUGAGGUCGUCUCAAAGAAGCCGGUGUGUCGGACUUCUGACUAAUCUUGCAGCGCUGUGAUUUCGACGGUGCACAUCAACUGUGCUCAUUUUUCGAUCGUUGCGGUUGAUAUUCCACAUACACAGUCACGCAUUUUUUAUCUAACCUGCU